AUGGACCAGACUAUAGAGCAGACUAUAGACCAGACUAUAGAGAAGACUAUGGACCAGACUAUAGAGAAUACUAUGGACCAGACUAUAGACCAGACUGUAGAGAAGACUAUGGACCAGACUAUAGAGAAGACUAUAGACCAGACUAUAGACCAGACUAUAGAGAAGACUAUGGACCAGACUAUAGAGAAUACUAUGGACCAGACUAUAGACCAGACUAUAGAGAAGACUAUGGACCAGACUAUAGAGAAGACUAUGGACCAGACUAUAGACCAGACUAUAGAGAAGACUAUGGACCAGACUAUAGAGAAUACUAUGGACCAGACUAUAGACCAGACUAUAGAGAAGACUAUGGACCAGACUAUAGAGAAGACUAUGGACCAGACUAUAGAGAAUACUAUGGACCAGACUAUAGACCAGACUAUAGAGAAGACUAUGGACCAGACUAUAGAGAAGACUAUGGACCAGACUAUAGAGAAUACUAUGGACCAGACUAUAGAGAAGACUAUGGACCAGACUAUAGACCAGACUAGACCCGACUAUUGA